ACAGCUGCUCUAACAAAAAAUCACCUUACUUUACGAAAAAAUGGCGGCGGUCAAUGUGAAGUCAUCAUGUGGUCUGCUCCAUAAAUUUUCUUCUUCGAGAUGUUUGACGCAUCGUUUGAGAUAUCCCGCUUUAUAUGUGUCUUUUAGAGCAUUGCAGUCUAAAGCAGCAGGGGUUUGCGUGUGCAACAAGGAGAACAUCUGUGGAUAUGCUGCUGCCAGAUAUUUCCCCCUUCCCACGACCACUCCCAGACUUAGGUGGCUGUCCAGUGCUGGGGGAGGGCUGAGCCAACAAGAAAUCAAGAAGAAAAUUGACGAAAUAACUGACCUAUUUAUGGAAGCUAGGGAGCUUUUAUCAGAUGCUGUUGAAGCGAAGGGUACAAUAUACUUCAACGAGGACUUGGAAGAUGCAACUACUGCAGUAAAAGAGACAUUGGCAUUGUAUAAUCAACUCCUGGAACAGUUAACCGAGGAGCAGAGGAAUGAUGUUGUCAGGGCUAUUGGGCUAAAGAUGGAGGAACUCAAGGCUCAAGAGUCCAUGAUUCAAGAAAUGAAGAAAUAACUUUUGUAAAACUAACAUAUGUUCCCCAACUCCGGAUGUUAGGGGCAAUGCCAAAUGGUUAUGGCAAACUGCAAAUUAGUGCAAGAUGUUUCAAAUAAGAAAGGCAAUUGAAAAGCAUCUUAAUGGGGGAUGUUGUGGAGAACAUUUUAUUGUAGUCCCUAAUCAGAAUGGGACUGGCUGUUUAAACAUUGAAUGGCCAACACCAAUCUUAGUAUGGACAAACCUCCUUGGUAUGGACUAGGGAUAGGUAGCGGUACAGAAAAUUUAGGUCCACGUCUGAUUCAGGUCCAGAGGAUCAGGUCCAAGUCUGGACCUGAACCUGGACCUGACUCGGAAUGUGAGAACUUGUAAAUGGACCAUAUUCACAACAAUGAUGUACUUCACAAAGAAAUCUGUUUUGUGGAGUAUUCAACUCCCACUGGCGU